CAUCACCAAAAGGCGGUAAACAUUUCAUGAAACCACGGUUUCAUAAAACCGGCGGAGUCACCGGUUUCAAAAAAUUAAACCGGUUUUUAAUUACAUGGGUUUGCCAAUUUUUGUUGUGUGUCCAUUUAACCCAACAAAUCCCUUCGUACUAAUUCUCUUCCUGGUUUCUGGAAUCACUUUUGGCGGGAUUUCGCUUGUUUAAAAACCCUAGAAUUGUUCUUCUGGUGUCUUUUAUCUGGUUUUUUGGCCAUUGUUGGUCCCUUUUUGCCCUAAAUUUACUUUUUUUUUUUGCGCUGAUAUUCCACUGUUUUUUUGCCUGUUCUGUCCUUUGAUUCUGUUUUUUUGCCCUAAUUUUUGCUCUCACAUUGAUUCUUAGUUUCCUCGAGGCAUGUUUUAGUUCAUGGUUCUUUUUUGUGCCCUAAUUAUCAGUGGUUCUUGCUAAAGUUUUCAGUGGCUAGUUACCGUUUCUUGGACCUAGGGUUCCUUCCAUUUUCAUAUCUGGUUCAUCAGGUGUGUCUCUUAUUUUAUCUUCUUGACUUCCAUUUUUGCUUGCUUGAUUUUGGAGCUCUGAUAAUGGUGGAAGAUGGUAUUUCUUUUGAACCUUCUGAAGAGUUACGCUGUAAAAGAAGCGAUGGGAAGUCAUGGAGGUGCAGGAACUGGCGCAUUGAAAGUAAGUCUUAUUGUCAAGAGCAUUACCUUGCGACAUUGAAACAGUUUUCUUCGAAGAAGAAGGGGAAGAGGAAGCGCAAAGCUAGGGCCCAGAAGGAAAAUGGAGCUGCCAAUUCUCCUUCGUCAUCAAUGAAAAAGAGGCGGGGGGAAGGGGAUUUAAUGCAGAAUGGAGCUGAAAAUUCUCUUUCUAGAAAGAGGUCAACAGAGAGUGAUGAAAGUUCAGAGGAAGUGAUGGAAACUGAUGAUUUGAGGCGUGCAAAGAAGAAGCCCAAGAAGAAGCAGGGUGGUGAUAAUGAUAUGGCUUUUAGGGCUGAAAAGAGACCUAAUUUGAACCAGAAGAUGGCUCUUAGAAAACGGAAGAAGACAAAGAUGAAAGAAGAGGAGGAAGAGGAAUCGGAGUGUGAAAAACUAGCUGAACCAUCAAGUCGAAGAUCAAAUCAUAAAAAUUCAGGGCCCAAAAAUGAGGGUGGGUCCUCUCAUAUUGAACCUAAGAUGGAGUUCGCAGCUCUCUCUUACUCUAGGCGCAAGACUAGGUCACAGAACAAGGAACAGUGCCCUGUAAAAAUCCCACAGAGGAAACCAAAUCCCUAUAGCAACAUGUGCCACCAAUGUCAAAGGAAUGAUAACGGGCGCGUGGUCAGGUGCACAAAAUGCGGCAGAAAACGCUAUUGCAUUCCUUGCUUAACAAGAUGGUACCCACAAUUGUCAGAGGAGAGCAUAGCAGAAGCUUGUCCUGUCUGUCGUGAGAAUUGCAAUUGCAAGGCAUGCCUGCGUUUGUAUAAGAGCCGACAGAGUCAUCUGAAGGAGAUAAGUAAAGAGGACAAAAUUCGGCAUCUUCAUUAUUUGGUACACAAGGUCUUUCCUUUGCUGAAGCUAACUCACCAAGAACAGGAAUUGGAGAAGGAAACAGAGGCUGCCAUUCAAGGUGUAUCUCCAUCUGAACUGCAAAUAAAACAGGCAGUAUGUCACAAUGACGAGCGCUUAUACUGUGAUAACUGCAACACAUCUAUUGUGGACCUCCAUCGCAGCUGUCGAAACUGUUCAUAUGACCUCUGUCUAAAAUGCUGCCGAGAGCUUCGUGAAGGCCUCAGGCCUCAAGGUGGUGAGGUGGAUACUUUUGAAUAUGCAUCUAGAGGGAGACCUUAUUUGCAUGGUGACGACCCUCAGAAUGUCACAAAGAUGAAACUAGAAUCUACUGAUCCGAGAUCUUCUUCUUGGAAUGAAGACAACUUUGCACUUGAAUGGGAAGCUGAUAGUAGAGGCAGAAUCUCUUGCCCUCGCAAGAAGAUACUGGGAUGUGGUUAUUGUCUUUUGGAUUUAAGGUGUAUAUUUGAGGGGGAUGGGCUUUCAGACUUGCUAGUUAAAGCAGAGGAUGUGGCUAACAAUUACAUAUCCUUAGGUAUGUCAAAUACAACUGUUCGAUGCUCUUGUUUCAGUGAAAGUGGCCAAUUGGCUGAUAGUGAGAAAAUGCUAAGAAGAGCAGCAGGUAGAGAAGAAUCUGAUGACAAUUAUAUAUAUUGUCCAACUGCUAGAGAUGUUCAUGAUGGAGAACUUGAGCACUUUCAAAUGCACUGGACUAAAGGUGAGCCUGUGAUAGUUCGUAAUGUUCUUGAUGGUACACUAGGUUUGAGCUGGGAACCAAUGGUCAUGUAUCGUGCUUUUCGCGAGAAGCCCGGCUCAAGAACUGGCAAGGUGGUGUUGGAUGUAACAGCCAUUGACUGUCUGGAUUGGUGUGAGGUCGAUAUUGGUAUUCAUCAGUUUUUCAGAGGCUACAUGGAAGGUCGUGCACAUCAUAAUGACUGGCCAGAUAUGCUGAAGCUGAAAGACUGGCCCCCUGCAAAUUUUUUUGAGGAGCUCUUGCCUCGUCAUGGAGCUGAGUUCAUCAGUGCCUUGCCAUUUCAGGAAUAUACAAAUCCCAAAUGUGGUAUCCUUAAUCUUGCUGCAAAGCUACCGGAGAAAUCCCUAAAGCCUGACCUGGGACCAAAGACGUAUAUUGCGUAUGGGAUUUUCGACGAACUUGGCAGAGGGGACUCUGUAACCAAGCUCCACUGUGAUAUGUCUGAUGCGGUAAAUGUGCUGACACAUACAGCGGAGGUUCACCGUUCCUCUGAGCAGUUAUCUAAGAUAGAAAAGAUAAAGAAGAAGCACAAGGCCCAAGAUGAAAGAGAAGGCCUUAGUUUUUGUCUUCUGAAUGAAGAAAAGGUUGAUGAGGUGAAUGGAAAACAAUCUUUAAAAGAGAAAAAGAGAAUGGGGAUUGCUGCUGGCAAGUCAUUGGUCUGUACCAAUGGAGAAUCUUUUUGUUCUGACACAACCAUGGCAAAUAUAACUCCUGAAACUAAUGAAGAACAUGGUGAUGGUUUUCGAGAUAAAAAAGAGUUGCCUGGUAUCACAAUAAAUGAAAAGCUUGAUGCUGGUACAAGGGGGCAGGAAGAGGUAGACUCUGAUUUGUUUGACAGAAAGACUGAAAUUAGUGAAGUGAUUGGUUUAGAUAGUGGAAAGGAAAAAGGAGAGUUCAUUUUCCGUGUUUGUAAAACAGAAACUAAUGGAGAAGUGGAUGUUGGAACUGAGACGCAUGAUAAUGGGGAGGCUGGUUUCUCUGGUAUCAAAAGUGAAAAUAUCGGAGCAGAUGCUAGAAGUGAUGGGAUCAACUGUGAAGGUGGUUCUGGUGGUGAUGGACUAGAAGUCAUUAAAGAUGUUGGUCGUGGCAAGGAAGAGCAGAAAGAUGUACAUGCAAAUGAGGAGGCUGCUGGUUUCUGUGUUACAAAAGUAAAACACAAUGAAAACCUUGAUGUUGGAGCAAUGCAGCUAAGAGAGGAAAAAUGUAGUUCGCGUGAUGAGGAGGCCAGCUUAUCUAAUAUCAAAACUGAAUACAUUGAAGUAGGUGCUGGAACUGGAAGUGAAGGGGUCAAAUGUGAAGGUGGUUCUGGUGGUGAUGGACUAGAGGAGAUGAAAGAUAUUGGUCAAGGUAAGGAAGAGCAGAAAGAUGUACGUGCAAAUGAGGAGGCUACUGGUUUCUGUGUCACCAAAGUAAAACACAAUGAAAACCUUGAUGUUGGAGCAAUGCAGUUAAGAGAGGAAAAAUGUAGUUCACAUGAUGAGGAGACCAACUUAUUUAAUAUCAAAGCUGAAUACAUUGAAGUAGGUGCUGGAACUGGAAGUGAUGGGAUCAACUGUGAAGGUGGUUCUGGUGGUGAUGGACUAGAAGUCAUGAAAGAUGUUGGUCGAGGUAAGGAAGAGCAGAAAGAUGAACAUCCAAAUGAGGAGGCUGCUGGUUUCUGUGUUACCAAAGUAAACCACAAUGAAAACCUUGAUGUUGGAGCCAUGCAGUUAAGGGAGGAAAAAUGUAGUUCGCAUGAUGAGGAGACCAGCUUAUCUAAUAUCAAAACUGAAUGCAUUGAAGUAGGUGCUGGAACUGGAAGUCAUGGGAUGAACUCUGAAGGUGGUUCUGGUGGUGAUGGACUUGAAGUCAUGAAAGAUGUUGGUCAAGGUAAGGAAGAGCAGAAAGAUGUACAUGCAAAUGAGGAGGCUGCUGGUCUCUGUGUUACCAAAGUAAAACACAAUGAAAACCUUGAUGUUGGAGCAAUGCAGCUAAGAGAGGAAAAAUGUAGUUCGCAUGAUGAGGAGACCAGCUUAUCUAAUAUCAAAACUGAAUACAUUGAAGUAGGCGCUGGAACUGGAACUGAUGGGAUCAACUGUGAAGGAGGUUCUGGUGGUGAUGGACUAGUAGUCAUGAAAGAUGUUGGUCGACGUAAGGAAGAGCAGAAAGAUGUACAUCCAAAUGAGGAGGCUGCUGGUUUCUGUGUUACCAAAGUCAAACACAAUGAACAACUUGAUGUUGUAGCAAAUCAGUUAAGAGAGGAAAAAUGUAGUUCUCAUGAUGAGGAGACCAGCUUAUCUAAUAUCAAAACUGAAUACAGUGAAGUAGGUGCUGGAACUGGUCCGAAAGAAACCAAUGCUGGUUUAGCUGAUGUUGAACAAGAAAUUACAGAAGAUGUCGACGAAGCUAUGGAAGAGCCAAAAGAUGUGUGUACAAUGGAAGACAGCACUUACUUAUCUCACACUGAAGUGAAAACUGAUGAAAAUUGUGACGUAGGAGAGGAGCAAGAAAAAGAGGAAAAUCCUGUCUUCUUUGAUGUGAAGGUUGAAAUCAGUGAAGAGCCAUGUACUGAAGCUGCUGAGCAAGCAAGGGAUGCUGGUUUCUCUGAUUCUAUACAUCCAACAAAUGAAGUGCUUGAUGUUGGAAUUAGGAGUAGAAAUGCAACUUGUUGCUCUAAUAUCAAUAUUGGAAGUGGAGAUGAUGAGAGGGAUGAUGGUGGUGCCUCUGAUGUUGGGCAAGAAGCAAUGGGAGUUGAUAAACAUACAGAUAACCAAGAACACACCUUUACCAGUACUUCUGAAUUUUCAGAAAAAUCUCAAAAGUUGAAGGGAGUUUCUCAACAUUCUUGCAGUGAUUUGGGACCAAAGCAAGAGUAUGGUGGUGCACUCUGGGACAUCUUUAGAAGGGAAGAUGUGCCGAAGCUGGAGGCAUACCUAAGGAAACAUGCAAAGGAAUUCAGACACCUUUUCUGUUGCCCUGUUGAACAUGUUGUUCAUCCCAUUCAUGAUCAGAGUUUCUACUUAGACACGAAACACAAGAAGAAGCUGAAGGAGGAAUUUGGAGUAGAGCCUUGGACAUUUGAACAGCACUUGGGAGAAGCAGUAUUUAUUCCUGCUGGAUGCCCACAUCAAGUUAGAAAUCUCAAGUCAUGCAUAAAGGUUGCACUAGAUUUCGUGUCUCCUGAGAAUGUUCAGGAGUGCAUUCAUUUGACCGAUGAGUUCCGCUUACUCCCAAAGAAUCAUAGGGCUAAGGAAGACAAGCUAGAGGUUAAGAAGAUGGGCAUCUAUGCAGUGAUCCAUGCAUUGGAAGAGAUUAAGAGCUUAACCUCAUCUAACGGGUCUGGAAAAGGGUGUGAAGAGAUGAAGCCUCCCGAGAAUGAUGAACAACUCAAUCUCUCGAGCACACCGGUUAACUCCAUUGAGUGAAACUAUGUAAGUUUCUUCUCUCCUUUCCCAAAUUUAGGUCAUAGUCAUGUAUACCAGGAAGGAUUUGUGUCUUAGGUUUAAGCUAUACAGUGGACCUGAUCUCACCUCUCUCUACCUUUGGUUGUUCUCUAAGCUUACUAUUAGAGGUUUUUGUUGGAGAGAGAGAGAAUGGCCUUUUUGUACUUUUUGGUGCAGGACCCACUCGUUGCAUAUGUUUUAGCUGGCCUGGACUGUGAAUUUUAUCACCAGAGGCUUUUCUGAUAUAUAAUCUUGAAAAGGGAAAUUUUACUGUACAUUUUACGGACUUGGACAGUUCAGUAUGGCAUAAGAGGGCAUUACAUUUUGAGGAGGGUUUUUGUUGUGAAAGCUCUUUUCUGCUCAUGUGAUUUAUGAUGUAAAGCAAACUGUAAUAGCCAGUACUAAUGGUUGGGGUGUUAUUUUACAUGGAUUCCAAAAUGUAUGAUCAAAGUAUACAAGGUCUUGGUUGUACUC